AUGGCAGAGAAAGUGCUGGUAACAGGUGGGGCUGGCUACAUUGGCAGCCACACUGUCCUGGAGCUGCUGGAGGCGGGCUAUUCGCCCAUGGUCAUUGACAACUUCCAUAACGCCAUUCGUGGAGGGGGCUCCAUGCCUGAGAGCCUGCGGCGGGUUCAGGAGCUGACAGGCUGCUCUGUGGAGUUUGAGGAGAUGGACAUCUUGGACCAGGCAGCUCUACAACGUCUCUUUAAGAAGCACAGCUUCAUGGCGGUCAUCCACUUUGCGGGGCUCAAGGCUGUGGGUGAGUCAGUGCAGAAGCCCCUGGAUUAUUACAGAGUCAACCUGACGGGAACCAUCCAGCUUCUGGAGAUCAUGAGGGCCCACGGGGUGAAGAACCUGGUAUUCAGCAGCUCGGCCACCGUGUACGGGAACCCCCAGUACCUGCCUCUGGAUGAGGCCCACCCCACAGGUGGCUGUACCAACCCCUAUGGCAAGUCCAAGUUCUUCAUUGAGGAAAUGAUCCGGGACUUGUGCCAGGCGGACAAGGCCUGGAACGCAGUGCUGCUGCGGUAUUUCAACCCCAUAGGCGCCCAUGCCUCAGGCAGAAUCGGCGAGGACCCGCAGGGCAUCCCCAAUAACCUCAUGCCCUAUGUCUCCCAGGUGGCGAUUGGGCGGCGGGAGAAACUGAAUGUCUUUGGCAACGACUACGACACGGAGGAUGGCACAGGCGUCCGGGAUUACAUCCACGUCGUGGAUCUGGCCAAGGGCCACAUCGCGGCCUUGAGGAAGCUGAAGGAGCAGUGUGGCUGCCGGAUCUACAACCUGGGCACGGGCACAGGCUAUUCGGUGCUACAGAUGGUCCAGGCCAUGGAGAAGGCCUCCGGGAAGAAGAUCCCAUACAAGGUGGUGGCCCGGCGUGAAGGCGACGUGGCUGCCUGUUACGCCGACCCCAGCCUGGCCCUCAAGGAGCUGGGCUGGUCAGCAGCCCUAGGGCUGGACAGGAUGUGUGAAGAUCUAUGGCGCUGGCAGAAGCAGAAUCCUUCAGGCUUUGGCUCGCAGGCCUGA